AUGAAUGGAGGAACUUGCGUCUUAGGAAGUUUCUGUGCUUGCCCAAAGCAUUUCACUGGACGACACUGUGAAUUUGACGAAAGGAACAAGAACUGUGCUGCCAAAAUCAAACAUGGAGACUGGCUUCAACAUGGCUGCAGAUUUUGUCGGUGCACCUACGGCGUUCUUCACUGCUUAGAGGAAUUUAGGCAAACAAAUUGUGAUCCUGCAAAUGAUGACAUUUGGCUCGUCUCCAGGACUUCUCCAGAGCUUCCCCCAUCCUCUGGAACUCUCUACCCCAAUUUAUCAGACUAUCGCCUACUCUGCUCACUUUUAGGCGAUCUCUGA